GGAUGAACUUGGUCAAGGAGUCAUAAAGCAAAAAAGCUAUGAGACAUCUGCAACACAGAAAAUUAAAGCACUUGAGAAAGAAAAUGAAGCUUUGCAACAGAGAUGUCUGCCUCCCAUGAAAGCAAUGCUUUAGAACAUGAAAAACUGCGUGCUUCCCUGGAAGUUUACAAGAAGAACAAUGAUCAAACUGGUUUUCAGAACUUGCAGGAAGAACUGGCUUCUGCAAAAGAAUUAAUUAAACAAUCAGAAAACCAAAAGGCUGAGCUUGAAGCAAAGAUUUUAGCUUUGGAAGAAGAUAUCAAAUCCAAGAAAGACAGUGAGUCAAAACUGGCACAACAAGCAGCUGAAGCAAAUGAUCGAGCCAAAAACUUUGAUGCUGUAAAGAACAGCCUGUCACAACAGCUCAUGGAAACAGUGAAGCAGAAGAGUGACAGUGAACAUCAACUUGAUAUGGCUAAGAAAGAUGCAGAAUCAGCACAUGCAGAAAAGUCCAAUGCUAUGCAGAAAGCUGGAGCAUUGCAAACACAGCUUGAUGAGGAGAGGUCAAAGAAAUCUGAAAUGGAGAAAAUGUUCAAAGCUUUGGAACAGAAGUUGAAAGACUCUUCUGAUAAACAUGUACAAGAGAAAGAGGUGCUUGUCAAACAGUUAGAGUCCGCUAGUGCAAAGAAAAAUGACACACAAAUUGCUGAGCUACAGCAACAAUGUGAUGAUACAUCAAGACAGUUGGAUGAGCUGAAAGGCAAACUAGCACAAGCUGAAGAUAAUCAUGGUAAAACAAAACAAUCACUUGCAAAUAAAGAACAACAACUGAGCCAGCACGAAGGAGAAAUUAAUAAAUUGAGAGGUUUGAACAGCAGUAAAGAUGAAGAGUUGGAACUAUUGAGAAAAACUGUGAGCCAACAUGAAAAUGAGAUUGUUGUGAUGAAGAAUAACGUCUCACAAGAACUGCAGUCUGCACCACCUGAGGUGGAUGAGACUAGGGUGAAAAGUUUGGAGGAGGAAAUUGAAAAACUCAAUGGGCAGUUAAAAGAGAAAAAGGAGCAAAUAGGAUCUAUGGAAAAGUCAAUUGAGAGCAUGAAGAGCAAGAAUAAUGAAUUACGAGAGAAGAAUUGGAAAGCAAUGGAUGCCCUUUCUGCUGCUGAAAAACAACAUAAGGCUGAUAUUGGUAAAGCUGUUGCCUCAAUCAAGGAUGAUAAUAAAAAGAACCUUGAAGCUUUGCAAACAAACAUAAAGGAAUAUUUGUGUCAAAUUCAUCCAACUUUAGACAUUGACAAAGACUUGUCAUAUGAAGAAUUUUUGGAAAAAUAUAAAAAUGUAACUAUGGAGUUGUGUAGAUCUUCCCAGGCGAAGUCGAGUGACUCCAAGGUAGAUGAAUUGGAAGAAGAAUUGAAGAAAUCUAAAGAAAACAACAAGAAAUUAAUAGCCCAAUGUGAUGAGUACACAGCAUCCUUAGCUGACAAGGAGAAAGAGCUCAAUGACGUCUUAAAAAAGAAUGAGGAUCUGGAUGGUCAAUGUAAUAAAUACAAAACUUUAUUGGGUUCUACGGAGAACAUGCUGCAUGAUUUAGAAGAUGAUGUGGAGAAAGAAAUGACAAAUUUGAAAGCUACACUUGCUAGCAAAGACUCAGAGUUAGAAAAGGCGAAUUCGUCACUUAGCGAGGUAAAUGAGAAACUUAAAAAAGCUUUGGACGAUGCAAACUCAAAGGAUAAGGAAAUUGGGUCCUUAAAACAAGAACUGACAAGCAAAGCUAGUUUGGGAGAUAAAGAAUCUGAAUUGCAAAAGAUGUCAUCUGCUAUGGACGACUUGAAGGAAAAUCUACGAAAAACAAAAGAAGAUGCAAAGAAGAAGGAAUUGACCAUUACUUCUUUACAAAAAGAUGUCACCCAGGCUACCGUAUCUGUGACAGGAUUAAAGGAAGACAUACGAAAGGCGGGCGACGAGUCGAAAUCAAAAGAUACAAAGAUUAAUUCUCUUCAACUUGAGCUUUCUACAUUGAAGAAGGCAGCCGUGAAGUCAAGUGAUGACUCCAAAAGCGAACUCAAAAAACUUUCCGACGAGGUUGCACGUUACAAAGAAGAGAAGAAGAGUCUCGAGAAGGAGCUUGAAGAGGCUAAAAACGAGGCUAAACUGCGUGCGGAGGAAGAUAAAUCACCUGAGCUCGAAAAGUUUAAAAAUGAAGCUCUGGAUGCUGCCAAAGUGAAUGCUGCAUUACGGAAAGAGCUGGAGGAGGUGCGAAUGCAAGAUGGCGCUUUGAAAAGUCCUAAAAAGAAACACGAUAAAGAGAACGAUGCUAAAGUGAAGGCCCUUGAAGAGAAGCUUGCUAUGGCAGCGAAGAAAGAGAGCGAAUUACAUGCAAAGAUUGCUCAUCUUGAAGAUUCUGCGUCCAACGCUUCACUCGAUGAUGAAAAUGCUUCACCUGACACGAAAGAGAAGAAAAAAAAGAGAGGUUUCUCUUUAAUGGGUUCAAAAUCGUCCAAGUAUGAAACCAAAUAUCGAGAUAUGUCGGAGAAAUACGAGCAAGUAAAAUCAGAAAGUGACGAGAAAACGUCCAAAAUAACUGAGCUUGAAACGAAAUUACAGAAGUCUGAAAAAGCGUUAGAAACACAGGAGCAGAAAGUAAAAGAAUUGAAGGCCAAAGUGGGAGGUCUCUCGAAUGGAGGAGUUCAGAGUUCAGGCGGCGCUUUAAAUGAAUCGCAAAUGAAACAAAUGGCAGAAGCGAUGAAAGACGGUGAUCUUACUGGUGCCGUAUGACCUAUGGUAAUUGCUGUAGAAUUGAAUUUUUAAUUAUAUGCAAAGACUAACACAAGUAAUCCUGAAUUCUUCACAAAGAACUAACGUCUUUGCUAGUUUGCUGUGAAUAGCAGAGUUUGGCAUUUAUAAAUGAAUCUAUUUUGUCUAUGUCGAAAUAUGAGACGCAGUGAUAGACUGUAAUAAUUUGGAGUUUUCAUGUGUCGUACUCAGACCUAAAUGAGAAAAAAUAAGUUUGUUACGGGGAUAUUUAUAUCAAAAUGGAUUUCAAAAUUUAUGAUCGAGUACAACAGUAGUUAAUAUAUAUAUAUAUUGUAUGAAAUUGAGAUUCGUUCAAGCUCUGGUAUGCUGGUGCUUUAUACCGCAAAAACAGUGAUGUUUCUUAGCACUAACCGCAAAACCAAGUAUUCUCCAGUUCAUUGUUACCGAAGCUUUCAUUUGAUCUUUUUAUUUUGUAAAUAUCCCUGUACUUACGCACAAUUUUGCAAUUGUAGUACGACUGAACGACUUGACUUUAGAACCGUUGAGUUUCUUUGCAACUUAUAUUAAUUGCAUUAAAGAGACUGUAACUGCGCGUCUAUGGCAUGGGAAUAAAUGAAUUUAAUGAUA